GACGGAGUACAAUUAUACAACACAUUAUGCCAAAAGAAUGUAAGAUUAUAGCUAAUAACAUUUGUUUGGACAUUGAAAAAAUGAACUUAUUUAAUUGUCGCUACGCUGAUCUUGAGAUUUACUUUUAUAAGUUAUGCGAUGGUGUUGUCGAUUGCCCAGAUCAUUCAGAUGAAAUACAAUGCCAAGAACAAGACGUUGCCCUUAGUAAAUUUGAAGCACAUAAAAUAUUCAAUGAAAUCAAUAAAUCCCUUAAUUUGAAGGCAGCAAAGGAUUAUAAGAUGAUUAAAGAAACAAUAAUAGUCUUACUAAAUGUAAUUGAAAAUAUACAAAGGCUUAUUACAAAGUCAAACCCUAGCCCAGAAAAGAUUAAAAGAUACAGAAGACAGUAUUUUUCGUCAUUAAGCGACAUGUACACGAAAUUAAUAAACCAUUCAUCAUUUCCCUAUGAAUCGGAAGCUAUAUAUUCAUAUCUAAUAACUCUCAAUCAACAAAUGGUAUCAGUAUUAAAAUAUACAAGCACUGGAAAUAAGAAAAUAUUAUCCAACUCAUGUUUUUGUAAGCAAGGCAUAUGUCCGGUACCGGGAUGUAGCGCAAAGUGUCAGAAAAUUUGCUCUGCACAGUCCAAUUUUACCCAAUAUCAUUGUACGGCUUCGGAUAAAUUUAUUCACAUCCAUCAGAUAUGUGAUGGAAAACAUGACUGUCCCGGAAAAGAUGAUGAACUUAAUUGCAAAAAAGAUGUAUGUCGAAGUCACCAUCUUAAUCUUCUUCGCAAUAAGAUUCAAGAAGUCGGUACGAAACAGAAGGGAACUGCUGUAGGUGAACUUCUGUCUACCUGGAAAAUGAAAGUAAUUCCGGCUAUAAAAAUUGGAGAAAAUGAAGGAAGGCCAACGCACAAGAGAAUCAAGGACAUUGUUAACAGUAUAAACAAUGAUUUACUGGCCACCUAUGGUUCGGUACAAGACUAUCGAAGAAGUGGUAGUAAUUACGCUUUGAGCGAUUUCUUAUCUAUUUCACAUACGAUUGUUGAUACGAUUCGAUCCUGCACAUAUUGAAAUAUUAAAUUACAUUACAUUACA